CAGCUUCGUAGCUGGAUUGGGUGCUAACUAUGAGAACUGCUGUGCUAUGGAAUACAGAUUUGUGAAUUUAUAUAGCUAAAGGUUGCUUGGAGGAAUGCUUUCCUAUAAAGAGAGAUUUUAAAAGCCAGGUUUCUAACUGUAAAGAUGCAAAAACGUAAUAUCCAUGAAGAUCCUAUUACCUAGGAAGAAUUUGACAUUUUCCUGUGAAUGCUGUAUUGGGAUUUAUUUAUUCUUGGAGUGUUCUGCAUGGCUGGCAAAGAAUAAUGUUCCAAAAUCGGUCCAUCUCCCAAGGGGUCCAAUUUUUCUUCCUGGGUGUCAGCAAGCCCUGACUCACUACAGUGCAGCUGACAGGGGCUGUCAUGCUUGUGGCACCCUAACCAAAAACAAAAGACCUAAGGACGACCUUUGAACAACACAAAGAAUGGGUAUGUUUUUUUCAUUUUUUUUUUUUUAUAUACAGUGCAUAGUCUGCAUAGAACCAGCUUCAAUUACUGUAUAGACCUACCUUGAUGUGAUGAUUUAUUAUUAUAGUUAAAUUGUCUAGGGAUUACAUUUUUAAACUUAUUUUACAAUAUAUACAAAGGUUUUUUUUAAUUGAGUAAAAGAAAAUAAUGUACAGAUUAGUUGUCGAGCUAGGAAUUUUUACAUGAUUAUAUAAAUUAAUAUUUUAGCAUGAUUGGGAAAACAAUGACUGAUCUUUGGAGGGAUAACUUUUCUAAGCUGUUUUUAUUUCCAGGUUUCAAUGUAAUUAGGCUACUGAGCGGAUCAGCUGUAGCUCUGGUAAUAGCCCCUACUGUAUUACUGACAAUGCUUUCUUCUGCCGAACGAGGAUGCCCUAAGGGCUGUAGGUGUGAAGGCAAAAUGGUAUAUUGUGAAUCUCAGAAAUUGCAGGAGAUUCCCUCGAGUAUAUCUGCUGGUUGUUUAGGUUUGUCCCUUCGAUAUAACAGCCUCCAAAAACUAAAAUACAAUCAGUUUAAAGGUCUUAAUCAACUCACCUGGCUCUAUCUAGACCAUAACCACAUCAGCAAUAUUGAUGAAAAUGCUUUCAAUGGAAUACGCAGACUAAAAGAGUUGAUCUUGAGUUCCAACAGAAUCUCCUAUUUUCUUAAUAAUACCUUCAGACCUGUGACAAAUCUCCGGAAUUUGGAUCUGUCAUACAACCAGCUGCAGUCUCUGGGAUCUGAACAGUUCAGGGGGUUAAGAAAGCUGCUGAGUUUACACUUGCGAUCCAAUUCUCUAAGAACCAUCCCUGUUCGAAUAUUUCAAGAUUGUAGGAACCUUGAACUGUUGGACCUGGGUUACAAUCGGAUCCGAAGUUUAGCAAGGAAUGUCUUUGCAGGCAUGAUCAGACUGAAGGAGCUUCACUUGGAGCACAAUCAAUUUUCUAAGCUCAACCUGGCACUUUUUCCAAGGCUAGUCAGCCUUCAAAACCUUUAUUUACAGUGGAAUAAAAUCAGUGUGAUAGGACAAACGAUGUCCUGGACCUGGAGCUCAUUACAAAGGCUUGAUUUAUCUGGCAAUGAAAUAGAAGCUUUCAGUGGACCUAGUGUUUUUCAGUGUGUGCCCAAUUUACAGCGCCUCAACCUGGAUUCAAACAAGCUCACAUUUAUUGGUCAAGAAAUUUUGGAUUCUUGGAUAUCUCUUAGUGACAUCAGCCUUGCUGGGAAUAUAUGGGAAUGCAGCAGAAACAUUUGUUCCCUUGUAAACUGGCUAAAAAGUUUUAAAGGGCUGAGGGAAAAUACAAUUAUCUGUGCCAGCCCCAAAGAGCUGCAAGGAGUGAAUGUUAUUGAUGCAGUGAAAAACUACAGCAUCUGUGGAAAAAGUACUACAGAGAGUUUUGAAUUAGCAAGAGCUCUCCCAAAGCCAACAUUUAAACCAAAACUCACCAGGCCUAAACAUGAGAGCAAGCCCCCUAUGCCUCCAACUAUAGGAGCUACUGAAUCCAGCUCAGAACCUGAGCAUGACACUGAACACAUCUCCUUUCAUAAAAUCAUAGCAGGGAGUGUAGCCCUUUUCUUGUCUGUGCUUGUGAUCCUGCUGGUAAUCUAUGUGUCAUGGAAGCGUUACCCAGCCAGUAUGAAGCAGCUGCAGCAGCGUUCUCUCAUGAGAAGGCACAGGAAAAAGAAAAGACAGUCACUGAAGCAAAUGACCCCAAGUACGCAGGAAUUUUAUGUAGAUUACAAACCUACCAACACUGAAACCAGUGAGAUGCUGCUGAAUGGAACAGGACCCUGCACAUAUAACAAAUCAGGCUCCAGGGAAUGUGAGAUACCUUUAUCUAUGAAUGUUUCAACAUUUCUAGCAUACGACCAGCCAACAAUAAGUUACUGUGGCGUACAUCAUGAACUUCUUUCUCAUAAGCCCUAUGAAUUGAAUGCACAGGAAGAAACAAUGGAAACACACCUAGAGACUGAUCUGGAUUUGAGCACAAUAACAACAAUAGCACGAAUCAGUGAACACAAUCAGCCACUGGCAUAA